ACCGACCUAAAUCAGAAAACAACCCACAACGUUAUCCUCGGGUCAAUCGUUGAAUUCUUCCACAACGCCGCCUUCAACCACCGUACGCAACCGUCGUAUUCUCCUUUCUCCGAUCCACACCUUCCAAAUCACCACUAAUUUCACAAAACCUUAAAUCUACCAUUCAAUUCGCCACAAUUUCACAAACCUUCAAACCCUAAAUCAUGCUACAAUCACCAGGCCACUCACCGCGAACACUCUCAUCACCGUCACCAUCGAUCUCCGAAACACCGGUUCAUCAAACACCUAGAUCCACCACAUCUUCAUCCAAAACCGUCCACACAAACCCUAGAAAACGCAAUUCUUCAACCGUACUUGAUGAGGACACGUACGUCGCUGCGAUCGAGAAGAUUAUCCAACGAGACUUCUUCCCUGACAUUCCGAAGCUCCGAGACCGACUCGAUUGGCUCGAAGCCACUCGCACCGGUGAUCCGAUGCUUAUUCGUGACGCACAGUUGAAGAUUAUUGAACGGAGAUCUGGAAAAACGGUUAUGGAUACCGAAGGUAAGAUCCGUACGCCUGGAUCUACUUUUUUCCGUAAUACGACGCCGUUAGAGGUUGACAGAACUCCUGGUACUGAUAGGUUUGUUGAAACUGAUUCUGUUAUGGAAUCGGUUGAGAAUGAAGGAUCUGUUGAAACUGAUAAGUUAUCACUUGAUGAGUUUUUUAGAAAGUAUACUAGUGAGGAUAAUGACAGCUUUUCGAAACUUAUCGAAAAGGUUAAUAAGAAGAAGAGAGAAAGGUAUGAGUUUUUGUUGGAAGGUGAGAAUCGAGACGGUAAGGGUUUGAUCGAGGAUUCGAAGAAGGAUAGGGUUACGGAUGGGUAUGGUACGUCGGAUCAGCCUUUAGCGACUUUAGACGGAUGGAAAUACACGGCGAAGAAUUUGUUGAUGUAUCAUCCGGCUGAUAGAGGUGAAGUGGCGUUGACGGAACAGGAAUUGGCUAACCGGUUGCACGGGAUGACGAAGGAGAUUAAGAAAACGAACACGCGGUUUCAUGGGAAGAUGGCGGAGUACACGUCUAGAGGAGAUGAUGAAGUAGCGGUGCUUUAUAAUCCGGUUGCUGGUGGUACGCCUGUACCGUGGUCGGAUAGAGAUGGGGAUAAGAUGAAGAAGUAUGAUUUGGAAGAUUUGAGAAAGACGCCGAAUCAGUUUUACGUCGAGUCUAGUAAGAAAGCAGAUAACGGUUAUUCGUUCGUUAAGACUCCGUCUCCUGCACCAGGUGUAGAUGAAUCACCAUUCAUUACAUGGGGAGAGAUUGAAGGGACACCGUUGAGAUUAGAGCCGGAAGACACACCGAUUGACAUCGGUGGUAGCGGAAACGGGGCGCAGUUCAAUAUCCCUCUUCCGCCUUCGAGAGAUGUAAAGGCGCAUGAUUUGUCUCGCGAGGCUUCUCGGAAAAUGAGGGAUCGUUCUAGAAUGUUCCAGAAACCGCCACGACCGUCUGGGGGUGCUAGUCCAGGUGGCCGGACGCUUUCCCCUGCUGCGCAGAAGUUUGUGAGAAAUGCGAUUGCUAAAUCUCAUUCUUCAAGUGUUGAUGAAUCACUUCGGGCUAGUUAUCGCGGGUCGAGUCCUGGGUUUGGUACACCGAAAUCUGGAAGAAGUGCGUCCAGGUUCGGGGCAGAUGGUUCCAUGCGGUCAAGGUCACCGUCUGUUAGGGAGGGCUCUAAUCCUCCUUGGUAAUAACAAAUUGUGUUGGUGAUAUCUCUGAAUUUAUGCUCCUAACGUGUGACACGAAACAUAAAGAAAAGGUUGAUGAACGUGAGGGAGUUUAUGAGGCCUUGUCAAAGUUCACUUUCGCAGCAGUCAGGGUGACCAUGUUAGCUAGAUAGUCGUCAUGUUAGAGGAAGUAAGGCUUGUUGAUGACUUAGAAAGGCUUCCAUAUGUCUGUGCUACAAUGAAACACCAACAUCUUGAAGAAAGAGAGAAAUAUAGGAAGGAAAAUAGGAUAGUUGAUGGGUAGAAGAACAAGCAAUAAGGCUGCAAGUAUCUACAGCUAGCAAAAGUAAGGCUGCAGGUAGUACGAAUAAACUAUGUGGUGAUGUAGAACAUUUGGGUGUUAUGUUACAGAAAUUGAGUUUUGAUUGUGCUGGUUAGUUCAUUA